AUGGCGGAGCUGGAGAGCCUGGAGUUCGGCAAGGCGGACUUCGUGCUGCUGGACUCGGUCUCCAUGCCCGAGUUCAUGGCCAACCUGCGGCUGCGGUUUGAUAAAGGACGGAUCUAUACAUUUAUUGGUGAAGUGGUGGUUUCUGUGAACCCUUACAAAAACUUGAACAUUUAUGGUCGUGACAUGAUUGAGCAGUACAAAGGACGGGAGUUAUAUGAGAGGCCCCCUCAUCUCUUUGCAAUUGCUGAUGCUGCUUACAAGGCCAUGAAGAGACGAUCAAAAGAUACCUGCAUUGUAAUAUCAGGUGAGAGUGGGGCUGGGAAAACUGAGGCCAGUAAAUACAUUAUGCAGUACAUAGCAGCCAUCACCAAUCCCAGUCAGAGAGCGGAGAUUGAAAGAGUGAAGAACAUGUUGUUGAAAUCCAACUGUGUGUUAGAGGCCUUUGGCAAUGCCAAAACCAACCGUAAUGACAACUCCAGCAGAUUUGGAAAAUACAUGGAUAUCAACUUUGAUUUCAAAGGAGACCCGAUAGGUGGACAUAUCAAUAACUACUUACUAGAAAAGUCCCGAGUGAUUGUGCAGCAGCCAGGAGAACGAAGCUUUCACUCUUUUUAUCAGCUUCUCCAGGGAGGUUCCGAUCAGAUACUACGCUCUCUACAUCUUCAGAAAAAUUUCUCUACAUACAACUAUAUUCGGGCCGGAGGGCAGUUAAAGUGUUCCAUCAAUGAUGGUGCAGAGUUCAAAGCAGUGGCAGAUGCUAUGAAAGUGAUAGGCUUCAAACCAGAGGAGGUUCAAACUGUCUACAAAAUUUUGGCUGCCAUUCUUCACUUGGGGAAUUUGAAGUUUUCAGUGGAUAGCGACACGCCUGUGAUUGAAAAUGGCAAGGUUGUGUCGGUAAUUGCAGACUUGCUGUCAACAAAGUCUGACAUGGUGGAGAAGGCCCUGCUUUUUCGAACUGUAGCUACAGGCCGGGAUGUCAUUGACAAGCAGCACACAGAGCAGGAAGCCACCUAUGGCAGAGAUGCUUUUGCAAAGGCUAUAUAUGAGCGCCUUUUCUGUUGGAUUGUUACACAUAUCAAUGACAUCAUUGAGGUGAAGAACUAUGACACCACAAUCCAUGGGAAAAACACAGUCAUUGGAGUCCUGGAUAUCUAUGGCUUUGAGAUCUUCGACAACAACAGUUUUGAACAGUUCUGCAUUAAUUACUGCAAUGAAAAGCUGCAGCAGCUUUUUAUUCAGCUAGUUCUAAAGCAAGAACAGGAGGAGUAUCAGCGAGAGGGGAUUCCCUGGAAUCAUAUUGAUUAUUUCAACAACCAGAUCAUUGUGGAUCUGGUGGAACAGCAGCACAAAGGGAUCAUUGCCAUUCUGGAUGAUGCCUGCAUGAAUGUUGGAAAAGUCACCGAUGAGAUGUUCCUUGAGGCACUGAAUAACAAACUGGGGAAACAUGCUCAUUUCUCCAGCAGAAAGCUUUGUGCGACAGACAAGAUCCUGGAGUUUGAUAGAGACUUUCGGAUUAAGCACUACGCGGGAGACGUUAUAUAUUCAGUCACAGGAUUUAUUGACAAAAACAAGGACACUUUAUUCCAAGACUUCAAACGCCUAAUGUAUAACAGCUCCAAUCCUGUGUUGAAGAUGAUGUGGCCUGAAGGUAAAUUGAGUAUCACAGAAGUGACCAAGCGACCCUUGACUGCUGCUACCCUUUUUAAGAACUCCAUGAUUGCACUAGUAGACAACCUGGCAUCUAAGGAGCCAUAUUAUGUCCGAUGCAUUAAGCCCAAUGAAAAGAAGUCAUCACAGCUGUUUGAUGAAGAACGCUGCAGGCAUCAGGUGGAAUACCUUGGACUUCUGGAGAAUGUCAGGGUACGACGGGCAGGAUUUGCCUACCGCCAAACAUAUGAAAAGUUUCUUCACAGGUACAAGAUGGUCUCAGAAUUUACUUGGCCAAACCAUGACCUCUCUUCAGACAAAGAAGCUGUGAAGAAAUUGAUUGAGUGCUGUGGGUUUCAGCAUGAUGUAGCCUAUGGGAAGACCAAGAUUUUCAUACGGACUCCACGGACGCUCUUCACCUUGGAGGAACUGCAUGCCAGGAUGCUUAUUAGAAUUGUCCUCUUCCUACAGAAGGUCUGGAGGGGCACACUAGCCCGCCUUCGGUAUAAGAGGACAAGGGCUGCCCUCACAAUAAUUAAGUACUACCGCCGUUACAAGGUGAAGUCCUACAUCCGUGAGGUCACCCGGCGCUUCCAUAACGUGAGGUCCAUGAGGGAUUAUGGCAAGCAUGUGAAGUGGCCCAGCCCUCCAAAAGUGCUGCGCCGUUUCGAAGAAGCACUGCAGGCAAUUUAUCACAGGUGGAGAGCAAAUGUGCUCAUCAAGAGCAUCCCACCAGAAGAUCUGCCUCAGCUCAGGGCUAAGGUUGCUGCCAUGGAAUUGUUGAAGGGUCACAGAGCAGAUAUUGGGCUACAAAGAGCCUGGGAGGGUAACUAUAUUGCAUCGAAACCAGAUAACCCUCAGACCACAGGCUCUUUCAUCCUUAUUGCCAAUGAGUUGAAGAGGAAGGACAAGUACAUGAAUGUGCUCUUCUCAUGUCACGUUCGCAAGGUAAAUCGCUUUAAUAAGGUGGAGGACCGAGCAAUUUUUAUCACUGAUCGACACCUUUAUAAAAUGGACCCUAUGAAGCAGUACAGGGUGAUGAAUACCAUCCCACUUUACAAUUUGACGGGAUUGAGUGUCUCCAAUGGAAAGGACCAGCUUGUGGUCUUCCACACAAAGGAUAACAAAGACCUCAUUGUCUGCCUCUUCAACAGACAGCCAACUAAUGAAAGCAGAAUUGGAGAGCUGGUUGGAGUCCUGGCAAACCACUUCAAGAGUGAGAAACGCCAUCUGCAAGUCAGUGUUACCAAUCCAGUCCAGUGCAGCAUGCGUGGUAGGAAAUGCACGGUCUCUGUGGAAACCAGGAUCAACCAGACCCAGCCAGACUUCACCAAGAAUCGUUCAGGUUUCAUCCUGUGUGUGCCAGGGAAUUAG